CAGCAAUAACGAGUUCCGGCCAUGUGAUUUCUGUUCGGUCUUUUGGAUCCUUAAGAGUAAUCUAUCAACACGUGUUGGGCCGUAUCCCUUGUAGUUUUAUAAAAAUAGAAUUGACUUCGCAAAAAUGAUGGCUGAUAUUGCUGAAAUGGAACGCAUACUUAAAUGUUUGCUUGAACCAAACAACGAUAUUAUAAAACACGCUACAGAUGAACUAACUGGAGCAUUAAAAAAUCCUCAAACUUAUGUUAUUCUGUGUACUGUAAUUAGUUCAAGUAAAGAAGAUAGAUUGAAAGAAUAUGCAGCCCUUGUAAUAAGGAAGAAACUAAAUAAAAGGAACACAUGGACAGCUAUAUCAUCUGAUAUUCGGGAACAAAUGAAACAAUUUUUAUUAAAAACAGUUAUUGACGAACCUAGUCUUCAUGUAAAGAAACAUAUUCUUCAAUUAAUUGCUGUUAUAGCCAAACAUGAACUUAUGAGAGGAUCAUGGAAUGAAUUGUUUAAUUUUAUUGAAACCUAUAUGAAAAGCAAUGAUACUAAUGAAAGAAAGUUUGGAAUGUUUAUUAUUAAAAACUUAUCAGAUUAUAUUCCUCAAAUGUUUGAACCACAUAUUUUAACAUUUGUUAGUUAUUUUACUACUAUUCUAAGUACAAUUGAUGAUGGCAAUUCAUCUGCGGCUUAUGAUACCAUUAUUGCUAUGAAUAAUAUUAUUGAACUAUCAGCUCAAGUACCUGAAGUUAUGCAAGCUUAUUCUAACUCGGUACCACGUGUUUUGAACAUUAUACUUUCACUUUCAACUUCUAAUCCGGACAAUGCAUGUGAUUGCUAUCAGUUGUUAGGAUCAAUGUGUGAGUUUUCAAUUCAGGCAUUACUACCUCAUUUGAAACAAGUUGUUCAAGUUUCUGCACAAUUAGCUGGUAAUAAGGACAUAGAUGAAACCUUAAGAUGUAAUAGUAUUAAUCUAAUCUCUACCAUUAUUAGAAGCAAAAAGAAAAUUCUAGUUAAGCUAAAUUUAUUGCAACCUAUAAUAGAAUUGAUGUUCAGCAUUUUAAGUGAAGAAACUGAUGAUGAUACUUGGUUUUUAGAAGAGUAUGCAUUAAAUCCCAUGAAUUCAGCUGGAGACUGUUUAGCAGCUAUUGCUGAUGAAAUAUCUGCAUCUACUUUCAUGCCUAUUAUGAUAAAGUUAAUUGAUGCUGCUUAUACUUCCCAAGAUCCCAAUGCAUUAAAAGCAUCUUAUAUGACUAUGGCUUAUGUAUCUGAUGGUUGUUCAGAAUAUCUGAAAAAAAGUUAUUUGAAACAAUUUGUUACAGCAAUUAAAAUGGGAUUAAACAGUACAAACGAAACUGUAAAAUCUUCAGCUAUGUACGCAUUAGGUGAAGUUUCACAAUAUGUCCAGCCCCAAGUUAGUACAUAUGCAGCUGAAAUAUUACCUGAAUUAAUGAAAAUGUUCAAAGAAAAAUUAAUUAAAGAAUAUACUAAAUCUGAGUGUAGCUCUGAGGUCCGAAUGAUAUUUUUUGCUCUUGAUAAAUACAUAGAUAGCAUGGAAGGAGGUAUUGAAGAAUAUUUGCCAGAAAUGACUGGUGUUGUAAUGGAUAUUUUAAGAAAUGAAAAAUGUUGUAUUGAAUUGAAAGAUAAAGCUAUUACUAUUAUGUGUAGUAUAGUUAAAUCUGGUGGAGAUUUAGUAGCCCCUUAUUUUAUACCUAUCAUGGAACUUCUUAAUUGUUAUUUAACUCCAGGGAUUAAUGAAAAUUUAGAAAGUUUACAAAUUAUGGUUAUUCAACUCCUUUCUGAAUUUGUGGAAGCCCUUGAUCCCAAGCUUUUUGAACCCUAUUUAGAUUCAAGUUUAAAAUGUGGACUAUCACUUCUUCAAGAAGCUAAAGAUAACCAACCAGAAGUUCGAGCUGUAUGCUAUGGACUUUUUAGUGCUGUUGCUAAAGUAUCAGUUGAUCAUUUAAUUCCUUACAUGGAUGUUGUCAUGCAACAUGUAAUGAAAAGCCUGGAAAAUUCAAUCGACAGCGAAUAUACAGAAAAAAACAGCUACAAUGCAUAUGAAAAUAAUGAAGAAGAAGAAGAUAUUGAUGACGAUUCUGAUGCUGAAAAUAUUGAUAUUGCUGAUAAUAGUGAUAAUGACAGUGAUAAUUUUGUCUAUGUUGAUGCACAAGUGGCAGAAGAAAAAGAUAAUGCUUGUAGAACAAUUGCCCAAAUAGCAAAUGUUACAGGGGAUAAAUUUUUGCCCUACUUAAAAAGUAGUUUUGAUAUUAUGACAAAGCUAUUGGAAGAUGAUGAUGAAGAUACUAUAGAUUCAGCACUUGAGGCAUAUGGACAACUAUGUAUCAAUUUUUCAAAAUUAUCAGAUCAUGGGAGUCAAGAGUAUUUGGAAAAGGCUUUAGAAGCAUUUUUAGGUUAUGGAGAAAAGAAAGUCCAAGAGGAUGGAUUAGAAGCAUUAGAUAUUACAUUUUUAGAAGUUUUAUCUGAAAUGUUGAAGGAAAUCAAAACCAAAAUGGCUAAAUAUGCACAGCCCAUAAUGAUAAUGGCUAAGAAUAUAUUAUCUUUGAAGAUAGGAGAUGCCAAUAGUCCUGGUGAACUAGAUGAGUUAGACAGUGAAAAUAAUGAAAUACCAAUCGAUUAUGCUGGAAAUGUUGUGUCAAACUUGAGUUAUGUAGUUCCACCAGAAACAUAUACAACUUAUUUUGCAUCUUUAGUUCCUUUAAUAAAAAAAUUAUUAUCAAAAGGAUCUUCUGAUAUCUUGCGAGCUACUGGAUUAGCUAUAAUCGGAGAGUCAGUAAAAGGACUAGGUGACAAUGCUGGUGAAAUAUCAGAGCUGAUGCUUCCUCUAGUUUUGCAACUAAUUGAAGAUCAAGAUGAUUCUGUAAGGAAUAAUGCAGUAUUUGCAUUAGGUGAAAUCACAUUUUAUGGAAAAGAAGCAAUUUAUAAGUACUACCCUACUAUUCUAAACACAUUUUCUCAAGUGGUUGUAAAAGAACAACGUUCUAAAGUAUUAGAUAAUGUGUAUGGUGCUUUAGCACGAAUGAUUAUUACCAACAUUGAAGGAGUACCUUUAGAUCAUGUAGUUCCUGUUAUGAUAAAUUACUUACCCUUACACGAAGAUUUUGUAGAAAACCUUACCGUGUUUCGUUGUUUAGUAUAUUUAUAUGAAUGUGGCAAUCAACAUAUGGUGUCUCUUUCUGAUACUGUCUUAAAAGCAUCAUUAGUUACAUUAAGUGAUAAAAGAAAAUGCUAUGAUGAUGAAGUAAAAGAGGUAAUAAUUACACUUAUCCGGAUGUAUAAAAGAGAUUUUCCAGAUAAGUGUUUGACAUUAGUACUUCCUGAAGAUCUUAGGAGAUUGUUGAGUGAAAUACAGCUUUAAGAUUUGAUAAAUGAAACCUUAUUUAUUGUUGUUUAUUAAAUGAUAAUUAUAUACCAUUACCUAAUUCCAAAUAUUUCAAUGAUGUUAUUUUUUUUAUCAUGUUGUCACUUAUAAAGUUGUAUAUUACAUUGUUUUUUCAGUCAUAACUCACGUUUAUAUCUUAUAUAUUUGCAUGUAUUUAAUCAUGUUUAAUAUAAUUAAUAAUAAGUAACCAUUAAAUAUAUUUUAAAAUUUGUUUUGUCUAUAAUUUCAAGUUUGAUUUUUUAUUCAGUUUUCUUUUCAAAUAAACGUUUCUUGAAAAUAGA